AUGCCUAUCGAGUCGUUCGAGAGUUUCUUAAGAACAAUAGCCACAAUGGGCAACAGCAGCUCGCUAAUGCUUCGCGAUGAGGAAAUCGAUGAGAUCGCUAAGGAGACAGAAUCCAAAUUCGUUCGGCUCUACCACUGUCGUUUUCCUGCCAAAGGAUUUCUCUCUCGUGACGAUUUCCUCAACGUGCCUGAAUUAGCUGUAAAUCCUCUUGGAGAUCGCAUCGUGGACGCAUUUUUCACUCUGGCUGGCGAAAACGAGCAGCAGUUGAAUUUCCGUCAGUUUGUACGAAUUUUGGCUCAUUUCCAGCCGAUCAACCGUUCUAAGAAAAAUGCACUGAACGGAAGGACAGAGAAGCUGAAAUUCGCUUUUCAAAUGUAUGACUUAAACAAGAAUGGCUAUAUAACUCGAGAGGAGUUUAAAGUUAUCCUGAACAGUAUGGUUGGAGCGAAUAUCACAGCAGAACAGCUUGACAAAAUAGCUGACAGAACUAUCGAGGAAGCCGAUGGCGACAAUGAUGGAAGAAUUUCGUUUGAAGAAUUCUGCAGGUCAACAGAAACCAAAUCGUUCGGCUCUACAGUCGUUUUCUGCCAAGGAUUUCUCUCUCGUGACGAUUUCCUCAACGUGCCUGAAUUAGCUGUAAAUCCUCUUGGAGAUCGCAUCGUGGACGCAUUUUUCACUCUGGCUGGCGAAAACGAACAGCAGUUGAAUUUCCGUCAAUUUCCGAUCAACCGUUCUAAGAAAAAUGCACUGAACGGAAGGACAGAGAAGCUGAAAUUUGCUUUUCAAAUGUAUGACUUAAACAAGAAUGGCUAUAUAACUCGAGAGGAGUUUAAAGUUAUCCUGAACAGUAUGGUUGGAGCGAAUAUCACAGCAGAACAGGCUAUGGAAAAGACAGACAUAGAAGAGAAAAUGUCGAUCCGAUUCCUCAACUAA